AUGAAAGCUCAACACUUGUCGACCUCUGCCGAAAUGCACGCCUGCGUGCUUCACGCGCCUUUAGAUCUCAUCUCAUACAACACUUGCUUUGAUUUAUUUAUAUUUUUUUUUUCAUUGAAUCCCACUUUCCCGGUUCAAAAAUCUGCUACUUCUUUUCUUAUAACAAACAACAACAGCGACGACUCAGCUUCCAUUCUUUGCUCCUUGGGGGCUACUCAAAACGUCGCCGUUUGUAUCAGAUUCUCAGGCGACUGGGAAAUGGUUGAGCCGGUGGAGGUUUGUAGCGAAGAGCAGCUAUCGCUCCUCUCAGAUUCGAACAAUGGUGACCGGUCCUGGCGGUUGAACUUCGAUGGGUUUCAGAUAUCUUCGGUGCACAUGGAGAAGCAAGUGAAACCCUCUCGUGGACUCCAUGACUGUUAUGGGGUUCUAGGUCAAGAGGAUAAUAUUGCGGAGUACUACCAGCAGCAAGUUGAAGUGCUUGAGGGCUUUACCGAAAUGGAUGCCCUAGCAGAGCGUGGUUUUAUUCCUGGAAUGUCAAAGGAGGAGCGAGAUAAGUUAGCAAGAAGCGAGACGUUUGCCAUCAGAUUGUCUAAUGUAGCAAACAUGGUUCUCUUUGUCGCCAAAGUUUAUGCAUCGAUCAGAAGUGGUUCCCUAGCCAUCAUUGCAUCGACUUUAGACUCCCUUCUUGACCUCCUUUCUGGAUUCAUCCUCUGGUUCACUGCGUUUUCCAUGCAGACACCAAACCCAUAUCAGUACCCUAUUGGAAAGAAACGGAUGCAACCAUUGGGAAUUCUUGUUUUUGCCUCUGUCAUGGCUACACUGGGGCUGCAAAUAAUCUUGGAGUCUGUCCGCACAUUACUAUAUUCUGGAAAUGCAUUCAACUUGACCAGGGAACAAGAGCAAUGGGUUGUAGGAAUCAUGCUUUCAGUGACUUUGGUGAAAUUCUUACUGAUGAUUUAUUGCCGCACUUUUACUAAUGAGAUUAUUAAAGCUUAUGCCCAGGAUCACUUUUUUGAUGUGAUCACUAAUGUCAUUGGCCUUAUUGCUGCACUUUUGGCAAAUUAUGUUGAUGAUUGGAUGGAUCCUGUUGGUGCUAUCAUUCUGGCGUUGUACACCAUUCGCACUUGGUCAAUGACAGUGUUGGAAAAUGUGAAUUCAUUGGUUGGAAAAUCAGCUGCACCAGAGUACCUUCAGAAACUCACAUACUUAUGUUGGAACCACCACAAGGCUGUGAGGCACAUUGAUACAGUUCGGGCAUACACAUUCGGGUCUCAUUACUUUGUUGAAGUUGAUAUUGUGCUACCAUCAGAUAUGCCCUUGCAAGAGGCCCACGAUAUUGGGGAAUCAUUGCAAGAGAAGCUUGAGCUCUUACCUGAGAUCGAGCGUGCUUUUGUUCAUCUUGAUUAUGAGUACAGUCACAAACCUGAGCACGCACAAGCUCACUCUUAG